CACAGUAACGCCGUUGCCGCCAAUGACCCUCCUUCCUUUAUCCACCACAUGACAAAACCUCCUCGGGUGUUUUAUUUUGAAAUAAAAAUUAACAGGAAGUUGCAUAGCUUCUAAUGCCGAUUAAUUUGCUCCCAGGUCUGCUCAGCCGCAGCAGAACAGACGAGAAACCAUGGAGCGCAAUAAGACGCGUUGGAGAGACUCGCCUAGCGGACGGGAUGAGCGCCAGUUUCUGAUCUGUUUGUAAGUCACUUUCAGGGACUGUCGGCAUAUUGUUGUUCACCAGCAGGUGGAUGUUGCGUUUCCCCCAAGCGUGCGCAAAUUGACUGGAGAGGUCUGUGAAAGAAAAUUCUUGGAGUGACCAGCAGCUACCAAAGAACGGGAGGAAAGGAGGAGUGAAAAGCGCCCGAAGGACCGACGAGUGCCCGUUGGAGAGAAAUGCUCUCUGUGUUAUUUUUACCACUCAUUCUGAACAUUUCACGUUGUAUUCGGGAAAUGUCGCUGGUGUGCGCUGCGUAAAAAAAGAACACCGGACCGCUUUCAUGUCUCACGCCAUCAGGAGGAACAGUUACUUAUCUUCAAGGAAACUCUGAGCGGAGCUGAGAUUUCAUCAAGAAGGAGGCACUGGGUUCAAACUGAGAAGCAGUCGCUGAACAGUUACGAACCAUGGUGAAGUUUCAUAACUCGGACCUAUGGAUAGCCUGGAUGGUCAUUUUCUGCAUGGAGGGUUCGAGGUUCGAUCUACACACAGGGAAAGUGUGUGUGCGGGCGCUGGAUGUGACGGUGUCCCAGAGCAGCAUCCAGGUGGCCCGCGGCCAAGCAGCCGUCCUGCCCUGCUCCUUCACCACCAGCGCUGCCCUCAACAACCUCAACAUCAUCUGGAUGGUGAUACCACUGUCCAAUGCCAACCAGCCAGAGCAGGUGAUCAUUUACCAGGGCGGCCAGGUGUUCAGCCUCGCCAACCACCUCAAUGGCCGCGUGGGCUUCGUGGCCACCAUGCCAAGUACAAGUGCCUCCAUCUUCAUCAACAACACCCAGCUGUCCGACACUGGGACCUACCAGUGCCUGGUCAACAACCUCCCAGACAGAGGGGGGCGCAACAUUGGCGUCAUUGGGCUCACCGUGUUGGUGCCCCCCUCGGUGCCAGCAUGUCGAAUCCAGGGCGCGCUGGAUGUAGGCAGUGACAUCAUGCUGAUCUGCAGCUCAGAGGAAGGUAUUCCCACGCCGUCCUACUCCUGGGAGAAGCUGGACGCGCUACCCAAGCUGCCGCACAACGCCAUGCAAGACCAGAUGCAGGGCACUGUAACACUGAGAAACAUCAGCACCAGCACCUCAGGACUCUACCAGUGUACCUCCAGCAAUGUUAUUGGCAAGAGCACCUGUCUGCUCAACCUGCAGGUCGUAGCACCCCAGCCUCAAAGCGUGGGUCUGAUAGCGGGCACCAUCGCCACUGGAGUCUUAGCUCUCAUCAUCUGUUCCCUGUUAGUGGUGGUCACGCUCUUCUACUGGAAGAACAAGAACAAAUACGACGAGGAGGAGAUCCCCAAUGAGAUCAGAGAAGAUGACCUCCCUCCCAAGAGGUCAUCGUCGGCGAAGGCUUUCCAUGCAGACGCCUCAUCCUCAGAGAACGACACGCUGACGUCUACCAACACCUACAACAGCCGCUACUGGCACAACCCCAAACCCAACUACGACACCAACUCCUACACGCGCUACAACGGAGACACUCGCCAGACCUUCUCCACCGCUGCUCACGGUGCACACGGUCACGGACAGGCCCAGAACGCGGGACACGGCCACAGUACAGUGUCCACAGCACCCGGCUCAGCUCCGCUGUCCCGUCACGCGCAGCCGGCGACGAUGACGACAUCGUUUGCCAAUGGCAGCCACACGCUGCCGCCACCCAAAACUCUGGUGGUCACCACAAACUCUGCCCCGUCCCCUCCCGUCAUGGUGCGCAGCAACGGCUCCGUGAGCCUCAAACCGGUGGUGACGUCCACGCACGGGCAGCACACGCACUCCUACGCGGUGAGCCAGGCCACGCUGGAGCGGAUGGGGGCGGUGCCUGUCAUGGUGCCCGCCCAGAGCAGAGCGGGCUCGCUGGUGUAAAACCUCAUUUGGGAAACUCUUAGCUUUGACAACAAGACUAAAUGAGUGUUUGGUUUUGACGUUUGAAACGCACUGAUGAAAAACAGACCGAAUACGGGCGGAUGCAGCCCGCUGCCCUUUACAACUGUGUCUUGUCUUGACCUCUUCAUCUAAAAACAAACUGGGAUUUAACAGUACAGAGUUCAUUUAAUGCCAAUUCCUUGAUGUAUGGGACCCUUCAUUCAGUAGACGAGCACUGCAAUGAAUCUGAUCGUCCACGUAUUGGAUGGAUUUUCAUGGCGGAUGUGGUGGGAACUAUUUUUCACUUGGAUGAAAGCUGGAGUGAAAUUCCCUGCAUAACCUGGAUCCCCAGAUAUCUUUUCAAGGCUGGAUCAUUGUGAUGAUUGUGGGCUUUUUUUUUUUUUUUGGACUCAAAGCAACACAAGGCAUUGUCAUCUCAGUGUGUCCAUACUGCAUGGUCAGAGAGAAGCGAGCUAUGACUCCCACGUAAAUGCAUUUGUCUCUUGUUUUAGGAUAACAAAUUACAUCCGUAUUAUUUCCAAUAACUUAUUUUCAGAGUUGAUGAGGAUUAUGCAUUGAAAUAGUGAAUGUUCAAACGUCUGUUGGGAGUAAGCUGAUGGAUGAAAGUAUUAGAAUGGAAUGAUGUCGGGUGAAAUGGCCUUAGAAGCUUAAGGAGAGGGGUUGUAUUGGGUGCAAUACAUUGCAUAAUAUACUUUAAUGAAAGCAAACAUUUUAACUACGUUUUUGCACUUUUCAGAGCAAUUUUCUUUAUCAAAACUGCUGUCUUAUGAACAAUAACUUAACAAUGACGGGCUUUUACCCAUACUUCAUAUAUCAACCCUUUGAUGCACUCACAAAAAUAUUAGUGAAUAAAUGCUUUAUAAUGGAUAUAUAUAUAUAUAUAUAUAUAAGGUGAUUUUCUUCCCCUUGACAAAGGCUUAUUCCUAUCGGUUUCUACUGUACAUAUAUCUACUGUACAAAAGUAGGCUAGAUUGUGAAUCAAAGAAAAUACAUGAUGUCUGACUGAUUCUACAACUCAUGUGUCUUAAUUUUAAAAAGGUUCUUCUUAGACAACAAGCUGGUUUUGAUAGUCAAUGUUAUUGUUUUCAAUGAAGGGAUUUUUAUUUUUUUUUAAGUUUUCAUUACAAGGUCUGAGGUACAUACAGUAUGGUUUAACAAAAGAUGGCCAUACGUUUGACUAUAAAUAGUAGACACCUCUGCUGUAUAUGGUAGAACGUUUCACUGUGUUUCUGACCGACUGUAUUUAUAUUUUAACCAAAUCUUACCUGCCUGUUAAAGAACUGUUACAGUGUCCCCACAUUUCUCAAUCCUCAUUUCUUAUCGUGCAUUACCUCAAUGCCCGAUACUAAUAAUUUGUUGUAGCUAUGAUGCAAUAUUUAAUGCAGCAAUUUCUUUUGUGUUUGACAUGCAAUAUUGGAAAGUGUGUUUUAUUCUUCAAAGCAAUUCCUCUUUGCGUUUGACAUAUGAGAUUAAAUUGAAUGUGCUUUUUUUGGCAUUUAAAUAUAUACUGAGACAAAUUUAUGUGCUAACAGUAUAAAUUGUGCUCCAGCUUUAACACAUAUAAUCUCAUGAUUCAUGGUGUGAACAUUUUCAUUUAUAUUAUUUAGUCCAGUUGACUUCACUGAUUUUUAUAAACACCUUUUUAUGUGGGGACUGUUACAUUUAUUUAUGUUUUCAUGUCGUCUCAUAGUAGGUGCUAUAUAACUCUCAAAUACUUAAUUAAUUAAUACAUUUAAAAAAAAAUAACUGGGAGGGCUGGCAGCUACUUUGGAGUGGUAUUAGCUCAUUCUGUUAGACUGGAGUCAUAAAUAUACAAAUGCUCUUUAAUCCCAACAAAUAUUUGGAAAAUGUGAGGAAUAAAUACUAGCCAAGGUAAGGUAUUUUUGUUGUAUUCCUGUCAUCCCUUACUGUAAUUCACAUGGAGUCACAAAAACGACCUGCCGAGUACCAGUCAACACUGAUUUUCCAUGACAGUUUGUCGUCAUUGAUGUAGGCCUGAUGUUUACACACCUGGAUCAAACUGUAACCCUGAAAUUCUCCUUUUUUUUGCCUGGAAGUCAUAAUAUGACUUGUAGUUUAUUAUCUGCAUUUUUUUAUUUAUUUUUUAUCAACUACUACAACAUAUAUCAGUCCAGUUCAAUCACAAAUAUGUUUGUCCAUCUGUGUACAUUUGACCCCGGUCUGCUAUACACCUGUAUCAGUAUUAUUACACAUUUAUCCAACGUUUCUUUUCCUUGUCUCAAGGUUGUCUACCGUGUAACAGAGCUACAGUUCUUUGGUAAUUCCCACCUGCAACUCACACACACACACACACACACACACACACACACACACACACACACACACACACACAUAUUGAUUCAUAAAUACAGUAAGGCUUAAAAGAGUUUAACUGAUCAAAGCUCCAUUAAUACCUCCCAGCCUUUUUGUCUGACAGUGUUUUCAUAAUAAAUUAGAUUACACUCACCAUCUCUCCUGGUGUCCUGAGCACUGGCCGACAAAAUUUACGGAGAACUUUUCUUCUAGCAUCUCUGGCUCUGUUCUUCCCAGAGAAAAGUUCAGGCUGGAAAAGCUAAAGUGAGAUUAUUUUACUAACUCUGCCCUCUGGUUGCAGGAACAAUGGAGGAAAGAGAGCACAAUCAGUAGAACACUACUGAGACUUUAACCCAGAUUGAAUACAAAUCUCUCAUCUUCUACCCUGGCCAUAGGUCGGCGUGUGGUACACACGGUGAUAUAUGGGUUGUGUAUAUAGAUAAAUAAUGACUUGUGAAAUAUUGCCAAUAGUUAAGCCAAUCUGUAAAUAUGUAUAAAAAAUACAUCUUGUUCUUACUGUUGGGUCGAAAUGAAAUAGGAAAAAUAACACUGGAACUUGUAGUGAAUAAAUAUUGUUAAUACAUUCUAAUCUGCAUUCGUUUGU